CACUCCCCCGGCAGCCCUGAUACUGGCCCCCGAUACUCGGCCUGCAAACAUGAAUUCGCCAGUUCGCCGACCAUAUCGGUCCAAGAGACAUCCGCCGUGCGAUCGAUGUCGCCAAAAGAAGCUCCGGUGUGAUCCGGAUGAUCAGAUUGCGUGUCGCCGAUGCCAGGCCAGCGGCACGCUGUGUUCCUUCACUCGCCUGCAUCGGUCUGUGUCGAUGCCAGUGGCAUACGCUGGCAGCACGACUCCCCAAUACGAGCCAGACCCUCCAAGUGUGCCCCAUAUCGUUCCCGACACUGUCGCCUCGCAGCCGGUGCCUUAUCUGCACGAACGUCCGUUGGCGUACCCCAUCGCCGAACGGUCUGCGCCUCAGCAGGCCAUCCAGACGCUGGAUCGGCUCCCUGGCGUGUCAGCCCAGGUGAUGGGCACCUCGGGCGAGUCUGAUCCCUUCCUACUGCGCCAUUGCAAGUUCGACGACUACGGGCUGCUGCAUUUCCACCAGGUGCGCUUCCGCAAUGCCGGCGGAGUGCCCCUGGAGGAGAAGAUCCCUGUGCAUUUUCUCGUCACCGACAAUGUGCUUUAUGACUCUGCGGCGUCAUCUACUAGGAUGACUCGCCAGUUUCCGUCCGCACGCGAUGAACUCGAUACGCUCGUUCCGGCUGACCAUAGCCAGCGCUUGAUCUCGCUCUUCCUGACCUAUGUCUUCCCUAGCCUCCCUAUCAUCCCCCAUUUCAUCGCUUCUGAGGACCCACAGACCAUCCCAGUCCAUCUUCUUGCUGCAAUAUAUGCCUGUGCCCUCCCGUUUGCCAAGUUCGACGAAUGGCUGUCCAUUGUGCAUGCAUACCAGGCGCCACCGACGUCGCAGCUUUGGCGGCUGGCACUUGACCUCAUCCUUGAGGAAAUACACACCCCCCAUCUGUCUGUACUCCAGGCAGGUAUCUUAUACCUUCACAAACACUGGGGAACGUCACAAGAAGCGGCCAUCGCCGAUACUCCAUUUGUCUGGUCCUUCGUCGGGAUGAUGGUCGGGCUGGCGACCUCGUUAGGGCUUCAGCUCGAGUGUCGCCCGAUGGGAAUGCCCUUGUGGGAACGUCGCGUGCGACGACGACUCUGGUGGGCUGUAUACAGCGAGGACAAAUGGCGCUCGUUGCUGAUGGGCCGACCGCCGUACAUUCGUAGAGAUGAAUGGGACGUCACUGAUCUCGAUGAAGCAGACUUUGAGACAGCCCCUGCAGAGCCCUUCAUGCGCAUGGUGAAGAUGGCCAUCAUUGCCGAUGAAAUCCAAAGCUCCAUGUACUCUCUCUGGUCCGCCCAGCGGCUGUCGUCCGACUUUGCAGACUCCCUGCAGACCUCGCGCGGCCUUCUACGAAAGCUACAAGAAUGGCUCUCCCUUAUCCCAGCUCCUCUAGCUCAGGAUGGAACCCCUGCUGGCCCAGACCUGUCCACCUGCGUGCACUUCGCGUACCUGCUGCUCGAAGUUUUUAUCUUUCGAGCCCUGCUCCGCCCCAUGGUCCCUUCUAAACCUCCGCCCCGUCUCAUUGACGAAACCGAACAACUGCCCUUCUUCCCAGAUCUUACCGUAGAUGAUUACAUAGCCCAGAUCCUCGACGGCGACGACGUAGUCGGGGAAGACAUCCCCGCAGUAACAGUGUCCAUCGAGGACAAGUCCGUACCGGUUGUCUUGAGCGCCGCAGAGAACUGCGCGGCCAGUAUGCUCCGGCUUAUAUCACGUAUGGAAGCCCGCGAAAUGGGCACAUUCUGGUAUUCAUGGUGUCGAAUCGGAUUUGCGACCGUGAGCAAUUUCAUGCUUUUACUCCUCGUCCAAGCGCCUACGAAAGAGCAUGCCCUGCGCGCGAAGAGACUGGUCUAUAUGUGGCAGCAGGCGCUCCGGAGUCAAGGACGAGGCUGGGAUAUGAUGGAUCUGGGGCUGAUACGAUUGAAUGGGGCAUUGGGGCUGGGAUUGGCAAAUACUUAUUAUCUUCCGCUGCAUAUCCGGGAGGUAUUAGACUCCAAAAUUCCUAAACUGACGACGUCGGGCCUCAGGAUCAACCAGGCGCGGUUGUCCGAAACGAUCCACGAGACCUGCAAAUGGGGUGCUGCCCACCGCUGGGGAGAAGGCCCCAAUGACACCGGAAUGGCUCGUCUAACACUAACAGAAGACGAUGCCAAAGUGCGACGGUGGUUUGCCGACGAGGUCCGCAAGCUCGGAUGCUCGCUGUCCAUUGACCAGAUGGGCAACAUGUUCGCCCGACAGAAAGGUCGUCUGGGGUCUAAUAGGCCCAUGAUCGCAAUGGGGAGUCAUCUCGAUACGCAGCCUAGAGGAGGUCGUUACGACGGUAUCCUAGGUGUGACGAGUGCGCUGGAGGUGCUGCGGACGAUGAAGGAGAAUAACUUCCAGACAAACUACGAUGUUGGCAUUGUCAACUGGACCAAUGAAGAAGGCGCCAGGUUCCCCAAGUCCAUGUGUUCGUCGGGAGUCUGGGCUGGGGGCAUUCCCAUCCAGGCCGCAUGGGAUCUCCGUGAUAUCCAGGACGAGAGGAUAACACUCCGGUCGGAGUUAGAGAAACACGGAUAUCUUGGUGACAUUCCCUGCUCUCACGAGGCGUAUCCACUGGGAGCACACUUUGAACUACACAUCGAGCAGGGUCCGAUCCUGCAAGAAACCAAGCGGUCUAUUGGAGUCGUAACCGGCGCCCAGGGCUAUCGCUGGCUCACAUUGACCGUUACUGGGCAGGAUGCACAUACAGGGACGACACCACUGAGUGCGCGUCGCGAUCCCCUGCUUGCUGCCUCGAAGAUGAUCGUUGCGAGCAACGAGGUGGCCAAGCGUCAUGGUGCCCUAGCCUCUACGGGCAUCCUCAAGAUUCCAGACAACUCGUCCACCAAUACCGUGGCUUCAGAGGUGGCAUUCACACUCGACAUCCGUCAUCCAGAUGAUAGCGUUGUACACGCCGUGGAAAAGGAAUGUCUCCAGGCCUUCCAACGCAUCUCAACUGAGGAUGGAAAGGGUGUCAGCCUUGGAUGGACAGUGGACACAGACUCUCCAGCUACACAAUUCCACCCUGACUGUGUCCAGUCCAUCAAGACUGCUGCAAGGAGUUUACUUGGGGAGGAGGGCUGGAUGGAGAUUACAAGCGGUGCCGGCCAUGACAGCGUGUAUACGAGUCGACACUGUCCGACGGCGAUGAUCUUUGUACCUUGCCGUGACGGUGUCAGCCAUCAUCCGACCGAAUAUUGCACUCCGGAGGAUUGUGCACUCGGGACUCAGGCUCUGCUGGAGAGCGUUGUUGAUUAUGACCAGCGUCUGGCCCAGCAGGAGCAGACGCCAACGAAGUUGCCAUAGGAUUAUAUAGCAUGUAUCCUUUCCUUUCAUUCAAUAAACGAAGUACAAUUAUUGAGCUAGUGAGAUGCAGCAGGGACACAACCUGGAAAAUGAAGCCUUGGACUGUG